GCACCGGUGUUGUGCGGCUCAGCUGGUUCAGCUCCUGCGUUGUUUCUGUGCCCAGAUGGCUGCGUAGGUUCUGCUUUUGCUGCGGGUGCCAUGGGGGAAGCGGAGAAGUUUCACUACAUCUACAGUUGUGACCUGGACGUCAACGUGCAGCUCAAGAUAGGAAGUUUGGAAGGGAAGAGAGAACAAAAGAGUUAUAAAGCUGUCCUAGAAGACCCAAUGCUGAAGUUUUCAGGACUAUAUCAAGACACCUGUUCUGACCUUUAUGUUACUUGCCAAGCUUUUGCAGAAGGGAAGCCUCUGGCUUUGCCAGUGAGAACAUCCUACAAGGCAUUUAGUACAAGAUGGAACUGGAAUGAAUGGCUCAAGUUGCCCGUGAAGUACCCUGACCUGCCCAGGAAUGCCCAGGUGGCCCUGACCAUAUGGGAUGUGUUUGGACCAGGAAAAGCAGUGCCUGUGGGAGGAACAACAGUGUCACUCUUUGGAAAAUAUGGGUGAGCAUUUUAUUUGGCUAAUUUAUAGGAGUGUUGUAGUUUUCUGACACUUUUCUUUUCUGGAGGGCUUUCACAGUUUAUGCCCACUCUUGUUCUCUCUGUACUAGGAAUUGAAACCAGUUUGGUAUGUGUGAUUCAGUAAUUCUUGAGUCUGAAUUUGACAUUAUUUCCUAUAGGAUAUGCAGAUGGAGUGAUUAAGAAGCACAAUUUAUAUUACUCUUCUGUUAGUGUUUGGCAAUGUGAUUUUUAAGCAAAAUCUCAGUCAUUGAGAACUAGAACCUUGCUUUUAGGGGAAAAAGAGGCUAUCUGGCAUACACUAUAAGUGCUUUGUUACAGGGUUUUUCCGCUUUGUCAUAGUAGUGACAGAAAGUAGUGAUGGAUAAACAGGAUUAAAAACAUUAGUUUGCUAAUUAUGGUGAUGAUUUUAAUAGAAAAGUUAAUUCA